AUAACUUGUCUAGUAAUCCUCUCAUUGCCGACAUUUACACUUUCUUUGUAAUCAUUAAAACUUGAUUGACAAAAUGGGGUUUAGGUUUGCUCAAGGGCUUGUUCUACUGCAGGCUAUUGCCUGCGUAGUGGAAGUAAGCUUGGCUAACAAGGGUUGGGAUUCCCAUACUUAUCCCUACAAUCAUAGCAGUGCCCCCAAAAGGUUCACUGUUGGGGGAUCACAGCAUUGGCAAUUUGGGGUCAACUACACCGACUGGUCACUCAAAAGCGCUCCCUUCUACUUCAAUGACACUCUUGUGUUCAAAUAUGAUCCACCAAGCAACACCACGUUUCCUCACAGUGUCUCAUUGCUACCCAACCUCAGGAGCUUCCUUAACUGCGACUUGAAGAAAGCUAAGCUGAUCGCCAACCAAACUCAAGGUGGCGGAAAUGGGUUUGAGUUUGUUUUGAAGAAGAAGAAUAAGAAGAAGCCCUACUACUUCGUUUGUGGUGAGCGCAAUGGCUUUCACUGCAAGGUUGGGAUUAUGAAAUUCGCUGUGGCGCCGCUCCUCCGUCCUCGGCCCUUCUGAUGGAACACCACCAGAAUCCAGGGAAGACGCAGUGCCUGCCUUUAUUAUGUUCUGUAUCAUUUUAUUCACAAUAAGAUUAGAGAUUGGAAUUCAGUAAUCCGUUCAUGUUUCUUCUUUCUAUCUAAUAUGUCGUAAUUUGUUUUAUGCGAUAGUUUUCGUGCAAAGAAAGUAUGUUUACGAUUUUUGCUAAAUUUGUCUCUUGUUUGGGAUUUUACUGUUCUAUAA